AUGAAUAGCAUCACAGAGCAAUUCGACGCCCUCCUCGUCUUAUCCGGAGCGACACUUGGCCUCGCUCUCGAUAUUGUUACCAACAAUGACAAUCGCGGGUCCGCACUUGAAAAACGUGAUAUGACCGACGACUGGAACCGUGCCAACCCACAUAACUGGAUCGCAAGUUUGUAUUUGUGCCCGCAGGGAGUUGACGGCAUUUCGAAUUACAACGCUGAGUCCGUUUGGAAUGCGUUCCGGCGUGGCUUCGGGCUAUUGUACAGGACAAGGGAAGCGGACCGCCCGCGUUGGGGCGACACCGUGUUCCCGCACAGGUUCCAGCCGCACGACUUCCACGCACCGACCGAGAACCUGGGCUUCGCCAACAGCAACCGCCUAUACAUGUUUCCGCUAAACCCCCGGCCUGUCCCCAGCGUGGCCCGGACCCAUCCAAACCCCUACCCUGCCGCCGAGCAAUUUACCGAAAUCGACGAGAUGUGGGAGGGCAACUAUGACGACGAACAUUUACUCCCUUGGCCUGAUACCCUCGGCGGUUCCUAG